UCGUUGCCACAACAAACUGUCAAGAAAGCGACUGCUACGCAAUAAUGGAAUCUGAUAAACUAACCGAAUUAAAUAGGCAAAUAAAUGAGAUAAAGAAGCGCAUUUUGCUAGCAGAGGGCCAAAAGACGGCCAAUGCUGCGGAAUGGCAAAAGCAGAAUCGCAUCAAUUGCGACUCAAUUGGCACCUUGAAGAAGGACAUCAAAGAAUUGACUCUGAAGGUGAGUCGCCUACGUAAUCCUUUGCAACGUCCUGUGGUCAUCAAGGAGCCGAGUUCUGAGUCACGUAAGAAACAAGGUGCUACGCCCACCAUCAUUGUGGGCAAGGCGACAUAUCCGAUUGGAGCCAAGAAUGCUGAAGACGCAAUAUUUCUGACCGAUCUCAAGUUGACCGAGAGUCGGAAGCAAACGGAUCUGGUGCGUCAUAAGUUUAAGGCACGGCAACAGCAUUUUAGCCGGCUCGUUGAACGGUAUCGAGAGCUCUUGGCCAACAAGGAGGCGCAGAACCAGAACUUGGGCGAGAAACCACCCGAGACACUCGAAGAGGAUGCAAAUCGUAAACUCGUUUGCCAGCUGGAGAAUGAGAUACAUCGCACCAAUGUGCAGUGGAUGGAGGCGGAGCACAUUCGCAAGAAAUACAGAUCCAUAGAGGCAUCGCUCAUGACUGAUGCAGAGCGAUUUGAGCGCAGUUUGCGCGAGCUAGAGCAAUCCUUGAAUGAACAAAAAGCGGAGAUCGAGCGACUGCAGCAGGUCCACAAUGAAGCCAUCGAAAUGCGUGAUGCCGCCAAGGUGAUUCUACAGCGUCAAGAACAACAGGCGAAUCUCUCGCAAAAAACUCGCGAGCGUCAAGCGCUCGAUUUUCGCAAGCAGGUUGAAGCACGUAAACUGGAAUUGGAGCGCAUUGGACGCAAGCUGUUCGCUGAGACCAAGACGUUAGUGCAUCAGGAUAGCGUGGGUUCCAGUUCGGGGGAUCAACACACUGCUAAGACAGAGAAUGGUGAGGAAGAGCCAGUGUCGCAGCUCGAAAGCGUCACCAGCGACAUGGAAUCCCUCUUCAAGCAGCUGAUGGAGGCUUCUGGAGCCACUUCACCCUUUGAGGUCUUUGAGCGUUUCAGUGCACAAAAGGAAUCGGCUGCGCGUCUCACAUAUCUGCGCAAGGCAGCUGAGGCGGAGAAAGCCAAUCUAGAAGCAGAGCGAGAGGCAUUAACAAGCGAACUAGAAGCAUCCAAGUUCUCGGAUGUCAAGGAAAGCGAAGUCAAUCAAGAAGUCAUCGAACAGAUCAAAAACAAUAUAGGCGUCAUGGAGCAGGAGCGUAAAAAGGACACAGAUGCCGCAGACAAGUCGAUGGGUGUACUUAAGUACCUUAAGGAGCGCAUCUGUGAGAUGAUCUUCAAGGUGCAGGAAGUGGACGAGAGCAACAUCGAUAUGAAAGAGCGUAAGCUGCACAUUAGCGUCGCUGAGUUGCCCAAUUUUCUUGCUCACACAGCGCAAGAUGAAGACUUGAUUGAGAUACUCAAGCUGAAGAUCAAGCGCUGCCAGGAGCUGAGCAAACCCGAGGAUGUGCCGCCCCUAGAGAUACCCAAAUUAGACUUGGAAGAGGACGAGGAUGACGCGUAUCAACUGGAGCCACCAAAGUCGCCGUCGAUGGUGGAGGGCGAAAAACCACAGCCGAUGCCCAUGUGCUAUUACAAUCUAUUCGCUGGUCGUGCACAGCGAGCAGCAGGCACUUCCUCAUCCUCGCCAGAACAGGCGCCAGCAGUGGUGGCGACAACAGAUGACGAUAAUGAGGUGCCAUCGCGUAACUUCCUCAAGAGACAAUCAGUGCUCAUUGUGGACUCGAAAUCACGUCGAAAACCGUUUAGACCGCCACCUGGCGGCAGGAGGAAGUAGUUCGAAUCAGCAAUAUUAGCAUGAGCGAAAAACUACAGAGUGGAAAUUCAACUAACAAUCAAAGA